AGCUGCCGGUCGGUGGGCGGUGAUAGCGGAGCUCAGACCCCGAUCAAUAAAGGGGCUCCGGCACACUGACUCCAUCAGAACCUUCUGCGGGUCUUCAGCUUCCUGUGUGGUUUGUUUUCCUUUGAGCGCCUGUAGAAGAUGGAAACCGUGCAGAGGAAACCUAUUCGCCUCAUCGUAGCAGUUUGCAAUGGCAAUGGGAUCGCGAAAGAUGGGCAGUUGCCCUGGAAUCUACCAUCUGAAUUCCAGUUCUUUUUGAAGACUGUGACGACGGUGUCAAGACCAGGAAAGAUGAACUUCUUGGUCUGGGGCAAACGGACCUGGCAGUCUCACCCAGAAACUACACUCCCGCUGGCCAAUACUCUGCAUGUGGUUCUGAGUACAGAACUGAAGACGGUUCCAGAUCACGCCCAUUUCUUGAGCCAAGACUUUGAGAGUGCUGUCCACCUGGCUUCACAGCCCCCUCUCGCUGACCUGAUUGAGACCAUCUGGAUUAUUGGUGGGACGCAGGUCUACGAGGAUGCGUUGAAGCACCCGUGGUGUGACUUGGUUUACCUGACAGACGUCAUGGCAGACUUUGAGUGCGAUGUUUUCUUCCCUGAGUUUGACAGAGGACUGUUUAAACUACUAGAAAAUUUCCCCGGGGUACCGAGUGGAAUUCAAGAGGAGAACGGCACCAAGUACAAAUGCCAAGUAUUCAAGAGAGAGACUGGUGACACAGUGUAAACAACUAAUAGAGUAAAUCAAUGCAUCCUCAGAAAACACUUGCAAACAUUCUUUGCUGAGUCAACUCCUGGAUAGACUGUAGAGUCAUGCUAAAACCCAAACCCAAAGUGUAUCAUUGUAUUUUUAUAAAAGCAAGCAAAGGCAACACUUUCUCUUGUCAACACUCUGUAAUACAGUCAUUGAGCAUUCCAGCUAGUGUAAAUAUGACCUUUGUAAUCCAUGAAGCAUUUGAACCAUUUGACAUGAAAACACUGUGAGCACAGACACUUUCACCACAUUCCAGUUUUAUCUCCAAGUAUUUAUGUGUAUUUACUCUUUAUUUUAUAGAAUUAUUUUCAUUGCUGUUUGAUUGUGAUCGGUUCUGGUAUGUGAAAAACCUCCUGCCACCUACUGCUGUCACCUUGUCACUCGUCAGCGUUCCCAUCUCGUCCUCCUCCUCAGUAAUAUUGCAGCUGCUCGGAGAAUAUGCUUGUCAGUGAGUCAGUCAGCGGCCUACGUCAAUGACAGCCUGUGCUCUGGGUACCACAGCGGAUCUGGUCUUUUCUAAGCCAACAUGACAGAUGCCAGUUUAUAAAGUGACAAGUAAAUGACCCUUCUGGUUUGCUUUGAUAAUAUAAUGGCUAUCUUGUUAUUUAAAUAAAUAUGGAGAAAUGUUA